UGAAAGAAAGGUUAAUUUCAUGUGAGGCAGACACCUUUUAAAGUAGCUGAGGGUCGAUCUGCGUGCUUGUUUUACCUCCUUUCUCACUGAAGUUGCUGCUCUUUGUCGUUUAAGCUAAGCCGGUCGCCUGUGCAGGAAUUAGCUUGUUGAGAAGCGAAGCCUGGUUCUGCUUUGUGUUCUGUUGCCUACAGUAAGUCUGUUCUGUCUCUUCACCGUGUCAGCGAGCGCUCCCCACCUCUGCCUGCCCUGCCGGAGCCGAGGGACACGGGAGCACGCUGUCCAGCUUUUCUGUCAAAGCGACAGUUGUGGCAGUUGAGCGCGUGAACGCUGGAUUGUACUAAAAUAUUAAUGUUGGGAUGGUGUUUUGGUGUAAUGACCUUCUGUGUUGGUGAGGAAAUGAAGAGAUAAAAGGUAAAACACGGCUGACUUUUACGUUAAUCUCUGCUUUUAGUUGUGAUCAACGCAACAAAAGCAAGGUUACUGCUUCGGAUGUCCUUGAUGGCUCCGUCUGAACGACAUCACACCGGUGUGCCUCCUCUCCAUCAUCUGUUUUCUGCCCCCGCGCUCAUUGGCUGCCUCCCCUCUGACUGUCCAUCCUUUUGUGCACACAACCAGUCGACAGAACACCUCGUCUGCCGACAGUAACUUGUAGGCAGAGGCGUUCCUUUAAGAGGCAGUCUCGACUCGGCUGGCUCCGCUGCACCUCCUCUCUGUCCUGCAACACCAGCACAACUUGCUGAUUUCUCACUAAGCCUCAUUCGCUCUCUUUUCCCCUCAUCACUUAUCUCCCACCAGUCCAGCACUCACCGUAUUUCCUUCAGUGUUUACCAGUCUGCCAGUCCCUUCUGUCUGUGUUACUGAUGCUGUCAUUCAUCUUCCUCACGUCUGCUGAUGUGAGGAGGCACAAAGGCGGACGACCGUGCAGACAGGCUGCCUCACACUAAGCUAUGGAAUGCUCUCUGCUCCCACCAUCACUAGUCUCCAAUCUUUGGACUGAGCUCCAGACUCUUAGUUAGCAGCUGUGCGUCUCCCCUCCAACUCUUUCUAACCAGGGGACAAAUUACAGCAGUGGACUUGGCAAGUCAUCCACUGAAGACGCCGAACACCUCUUUUCUUUUUCCUCCAAGGUGAGGCAUUUUUUUUCCUGCUCCUUGGAUUCGCAAAAUCAUAUCAAGAUGGAUUUGGAAUCAUAUCUGUGGAUGGUGGUUAUCGGCUUCAUCAUCGCCUUCGUCUUGGCCUUCUCGGUGGGAGCCAACGAUGUGGCUAAUUCUUUUGGCACAGCCGUGGGGUCCGGGGUGGUCACUCUCAAGCAGGCCUGCAUCCUGGCGUCCAUCUUUGAGACUCUGGGCUCGAUGCUGCUCGGGGCCAAAGUGGGAGAGACGAUUCGGAAGGGCAUCAUCGACGUCAGCCUCUACAAUGAGACGGUUCCCGUACUGAUGGCAGGAGAGGUCAGCGCCAUGGUCGGUUCAGCAGUCUGGCAGCUGAUCGCCUCCUUCCUCAAGCUUCCCAUUUCUGGAACUCACUGCAUCGUUGGAGCCACCAUCGGCUUCUCCAUGGUGGCCAUCGGCACCAAGGGUGUGCAGUGGAUGCAGCUCGUCAAAAUCGUUUCUUCAUGGUUCAUCUCGCCUUUGCUGUCCGGACUCAUGUCUGGACUCCUCUUCAUGCUUAUCAGACACUUCAUCCUCAACAAGGACGACUCGGUCCCGAACGGCCUCCGAGCGCUGCCGCUCUUCUACGCCUCCACCAUCGGGAUCAACACCUUCUCCAUCAUGUACACCGGAGCUCCCUUGCUCGGACUGGAGAUGCUCCCGGUGUGGGCCAUCUUCCUCAUCACCUUAGCCGGGUCGCUGGUCUGUGCAGCUUUGGUCUGGUUCUUCGUCUGUCCCUGGAUGAGAAGGAAAAUAGCAAGUCGUUUAAAGAAGGAGCAGGUUCUCUCCAGGAUAUCCGAUGAGAGCCUGGAUAAGAUUCCCGAAGAAGAAGAAGAGAGUCCCGUCUUUAAAGAGCUUCCUGGUGCGAAGGGCACGGACGAGGCGGUGCUGCCGCUAACAGGAAGCAGCAGCGAACGGAGCACCCGCGACCCGAGCACGGAGCUCACUAACGUGGGCAACGGAGGCACCGUCCUGCCAAACGGGAGGGUUUAUGGCCGAACUCACUCAAUGACCAAUGGGUCCCUAAAGUCACCUGUCGCUAAUGGCAGCUUCACCUUCGACGGUCACAUGCGCAGCGAUGGCCAGGUGUACCACACGGUGCACAAAGACUCUGGUCUGUACAAAGACCUGCUCCACAAAAUCCACCUGGGCCGCAUGGACGACACGGAUCGCUCCGGCACCCAGCAGCCUGACAACAACUACCGGCUGCUGCGCCGCAACAACAGCUACACCUGCUACACGGCAGCGAUAUGCGGCAUGCCAGUGCAGCCGCUCAGGCGUUCGGAAUCCCGUGACGACAGCGAGAAGCUCGUGGGCGAGGGAGGCGUGCGGAGCAACAGCGUUUCCUACUCCAGGAAGCGGAUACGCUACGAUAGCUACUCGUCGUACUGCAACGCCGUCGCUGAAGCGGAGAUUGAAGCGGAGGAGGGCGGAGUGGAGCUGAAGUUGGCCUCGGAGCUGGAGGGGGUGGAGGAGGGAGCUCCGGCUCCAGUGCCUCUGGAUGACUUGGUGGAGGAGGAUCAUGAGGAGAAGGACAAGUCGGAGGUGUUUCUGUUGUUCCACUUCCUGCAGAUCCUCACAGCCUGCUUUGGCUCGUUCGCCCACGGAGGCAACGACGUCAGUAAUGCCAUCGGGCCACUGGUGGCGCUGUGGAUGAUUUACGACCAGGGAGGUGUGAUGCAGGACGCCGCCACUCCGGUCUGGCUGCUGUUUUACGGCGGUGUGGGAAUCUGUGCUGGCUUGUGGGUGUGGGGCCGCCGUGUCAUCCAGACCAUGGGCAAAGACCUGACUCCCAUCACCCCCUCCAGUGGAUUCACUAUUGAACUGGCUUCUGCACUCACUGUCGUGUUGGCUUCCAAUAUCGGAAUCCCUGUCAGUACGACACACUGCAAGGUGGGCUCAGUCGUGGCCGUGGGCUGGAUCCGCUCCCAGAAAGCCGUGGACUGGCGCCUCUUCAGGAACAUCUUCCUGGCCUGGUUCGUCACCGUGCCUGUGGCCGGGCUGUUCAGCGCCGCCGUCAUGGCGCUGUUCGUCUACGGCAUCCUGCCCUUCGUCUGAGGGCUCACAGCUGGGAGGGGUGAGCCAGGAAGGAAGGAGGAAAACAUGGGUGGAAGUCAGAGCCUGGGUUUUUAGAAAAAGAGGGGAUGAAGAUGUGGAAGUGAGGAAGGGUGAAGGAGAAGGUUUACAAACGGACUUUGGUUGUACUGUGGGUGGGAGGAGGGUUGGUUCCCAUGCUGAUCUUCUCGACUCAUUUGAGUUUCCAAUCAGUUUAUAUUUAUUCUUUUACUUUGAAAGGUGUGGAUUAUAUCUGGAACUAAUACGUUAUUUUACUAAGGUUUACGACGGCUGACCAAACAGUGGUGGUUAUUUUCAGCCUCGGUUAAACAGAAAGUCAUGAUUUAAAAAAAACACCGACAACCUAUAGAAAAGACUAACAGUAUGUCUGUUUUAGUCUCCGCAGACACCCGAGGGCGUUUCGUCGGCGAAACGCCUCCAAAUCAAACGUGUACAUAUCGUUCUGAGUGGAUCGGCUGUGAUUUGUUGUAUUGCGGCUUGCUUUAGCGUAAAAUGAGACAGAUGUGUGUGUGGUCAACCAACCCAUCCGCCAUCUCACUGUCAACAAGUACAACUAGGGCCAAAAGGAAAGGAUGCCUCAAAAAACAAGAUGGCGGUGCAAGUUAGGCUUAUUUUUAUUUUCCACGUUACCAUAGAAACCUAAUUUACUAAAACAUUGAUUUUUCUCAAGAGCUCCUGUAUGUUUUUAGAGAAGAAUCUCAUAUUUUUAAAUGAUGUAUUAUACUGUAAUUUGUACUGUAAAUACUGUCCGUAAGAAGUUUAGGAGCGGGAGUGGGGGCUUGUUUUCAGUGUUGUGACGGAAAUGGUGGGUGGGGCCUUUCACCUCAUCACCAUCUAAUUAUUUAAUUGGUUUUGUGGCUCAGAGUGAAAAAGAGCCACCUGGCAGGAGGAUUUUUUUGGUUGUUUGGAAACUUUUUCAGUUCCCUUUUCUUUUUAUUGCAUCAGUCAUUUCAACAUCAUCGACUGAAACGUGUAAAAAAAAGUGAGUUUUCCGUUGAAAGGAUCUUUCUGAUCUGUUGAAGUGGGGUUCUUUUUAAAUGCUGUGGAUAUUUAACCUUUUGGAUGUCACACAUAGCUAUUUGAGUGACCUCAGUUUGGAGAAAUAAGCGUUAAUCCUGUCAGGAUUGGUGAGAUAACGCCUAGCUGGAAUGGAGCAAUGACAAACGUGGAUUACAGCAGUCGUGAAACAUCUUUUAAUCUGAAAAAUUUCAUAGAGGAUAUUGCAGACGUUGUUAAAAUUACACCAUUUACACAAUUAUUUAGGUACAUUUUUCUCAUAGCUAGUGUGAAUAAUAGUAGCUAGCAGUAUUCUGGUGCUGCUAGGGACAAGUUAGCUGGAUCAUCAGAAUGUUUGUACCAGAUUAACCACUAAAUCUGGCAAAAAUAUGAUGUUCCUGCUUGAAAUAUUUACUUAUCGUAGAAACACAAUUGGAAACUGUUAUUUGAGCCUCUAUAUAGCAUGUGAAAAUUUUUGGUGCCCAAAAUGCCCCAGGAGCCUGGCACAAAUGGGGUAGACAUUGUGGACGUAUGAGGGACAAAGUGACAAGGAUGACAAGCUAUGGAUCUAUCUGGCAUUAGUUUAGUCUGGAUAAUCCCGAGUACAUGAACGUGAGUGGUGUUCCAACAUUCUUGUGUUUUUUCCUCUCGUCCAACAAGGACAUUAGCCGUAGCUUGGGCUAGCGUCAGCAGUAGCUCAGGAUAGCAUUAGCAGUAGUUUGGGCUAGCGUCAGCAGUAGCUCAGGAUAGCAUUAGCAGUAGUUUGGGCUAGCGUCGGCAGUAGCUCAUGAUAGCAUUAGCAGUAGUUUGGGCUAGCAUCAGCAGUAGCUCGUGAUAGCAUUGGCAGUAGUUUGGGCUAGCGUCAGCAGUAGCUCGUGAUAGCAUUGGCAGUAGUUUGGGCUAGCAUCAGCAGUAGCUCGUGAUAGCGUUGGCAGUAGUUUGGGCUUGCGUCCGCAGUAGCUCAGGAUAGCAUUAGCUGUAGCUUGGGAUAGCAUUGUCCUGUGGUUAGCAUUACCGUCACCAUUUUUGAAUUUGGCGACACUGAAGUGGGUUUAGACGUGUAGAUUUAAGGUGGUUUGUCUAAGCUCAUGACGUGUAAAACCAGCUUUUCUCCGUCUCCGUUACAUUAUUGAUUUACAUCGGAAAGCAGGUCAGAGACAGCACAGCUGCUACAUUAGACACCCCUAGCUGCUGCUGCUAGUUAUUGCUCCAACAAAAUUUUAUAUAAAUAUUAAUUUUCUUUGCAUUAUCUGCCUUGAAAUCUUUGUGAUCUGUUGUAAGUCUGCAGUUACUCCACUUGGGUUUUAGCCUCACAUGCAUUAGCCAUUAGCUCAUCAGCUUAAUCUCUUUUUCUCCAAACUGAGGUUGUUUUAAAAAGCCAUCUACUUCAGGUUAAAUGUUCAUAGCUAUCCCUACUUUUAAAGAUCUGUGCUAUCCCUUUAAUGAAUGGAAGAGACGCACCUCUUCUCAAAGCAGAUUCUUGCCAAAAAAAACCAGGAGAUGGUGUAUCCACGGUGCAGCCGAUGCCAAAACACUUAAGCUGAGCAGAGGCGUACGAAUGCAAACUGACGAUGUCCCAUAGAGUGUUUUAUCACACGUCAUCAGCUGUAUGCCUUUGUUUUCAUACAUAGUCACUUUUUCAUAUCAAAAGCUACUCCACGCAUGACUCCAGGGCCUUUCUAAGCCCUAACUUACCUAUCAGGUGACAAGCGGCGAAGCCUGUUCUUGUUGGAGAGUCGUCGUGUCAACUCAAACACCCAAACGUCUGGCUGGUGAGCAGAAACAGAAUCAUCUUCUGAAUCAAGCUAAGUCUUGGUGUUUGGGUCUCCUCGUAUCACCAAACAUCAUUUUUGUCCUGAAGAUGGAGUUAUUGUUGCAUAGAAACUGAUCAUCACCAGCUUUUAAACGGGGUCACGUGACCCGAGGUUGAACAAAGUCUUUUUUAUUAUUAUUUGAACAAAUUCAAUGCCAGCUGUUGGGAGUCCUUUUGUUCUUGUGGUGUUUCCUCUUUUUUCCCCCCUUCAUGAACAAAUCUAUGCUUACGUAGCAACAUGCCUUGUAACGUGUGUUUUACUUUGUGCAGAUACAGUAAGAUAAUUAAGUACCGUGGUGUUUACAUUGUUACCAUAAUGUAGAGUAUCUGUAAAAAACUAAGAAAAUAACGGUUGCCUAAUGAUGCCAAUGAAAGACGAACGGUUAACCGCAAAUUUUUAAGUGCAAGGAGAGAAAAAAUAACCAGAAGUGUCUAGAGAGAACGAAACUGUGUGUGUGUGUGUGUGUGUGUGUGUGUGUGAGUGUGUGUGCGCGCGUGCGUGUGUGCGUGUGUGUGUGUUGUUUUUGCUGUUCCUGUGGUAGUAGUAGUGCUAAUUAUGAUCCCUGUCACUUUACACUGCUACUACGAUGUGCUAACACUACGUGUUUGGGUGCAAUUCACCGAUGGAAAAAAAUAACUAGAGAAAAUUCAUCAAAACUAUAUAUUUUUCUACCAUAUCUGAGUUUUAACCUGCGUGAGCUUCCAGACACUUUGAGAGGAGAUGCCGCCGCGGGGCUCGGUGGAGCAGCUGGGGCGCUGCUAGGACGCGCCCCUCCCCCAGCCCGGCGCCUCUCUGACGUGUAGAUUUGACGUGUCGGUAACCGGUAGAUGAGAUUUAGAAAUGACUUGUUUUUAUUUUUGAACUUUAGACGAAAACACUUUGUAAUUUUGUUUCCCUGCUGCUGUGAUCAUGAGCUGCGGGAGGAGGGAGGUUUUACUGCUCGUUGAUAUAAAACAAGCAGCCGUUUGUUGUCAUUUUAAUUGGAAAAAAACAGAAAAUAAAUCAGAGCGUGAGAGCGUUUGGUUCCUCGUGCUUUUGGCAGCCGAAGUCUCUUGCAGCUCGUGACCUUUUCCUCGCCAGACUGCUCGUUACGCAGAGGGACGCACAUGGCUUCCAUGCUCACAUCCAUAUUUUACUCUUGUUACCUGUUGCAAGGUGUUUCAGCGGAAGUGCAUUUUAUUACUUCACCUAACGGUGACCCCUAAAAACGCAGGUUUUCCUUUCCCAUUGACUCCCUGAAAGCUGUAAACAAGCCUGAUGUCACUAAAUCUGUACUUUCUGUAUAAAUGAGUCAGCUUUAAUCAGUUUUGUCUGUUUUAAAAACUCCAAAAGAGUGGAACAGAUCAAAUGUUUUGCUGAGUCAAUGGAAGGAGUCAUUCGGCUAGAAUAAACGCACAACUGCGCAUUUUCUCAUCCUGCAGACGCGACACUAAAACCCCUGCAGCCUCGAUGAAAAGAAUAAAAACCUGUUAAAGGGUGAAAUUGGUUUGAGCAUAAAGGCAAGUCGUCUGUGUGACUCACGGUGCAUCUUUUUAUUCAUCUGUCAUUUUCCCGCCUUUCAUUCUUUGUCCUGAUUGGCCAGAAAGAGGCGCAUCGCUCGAGAUGGGGAGGAAAAAGUGAAAAUCGUGCUCUGGUAGCUUUAAUUUAUUUUUAUUUUUAAACAAACCACAAUGGAAAUAUAUUCAGCCACCAGUUUUACUUGAAAGUAGAAAAAAAUCAGUUGAUUUGAUUUUAAAACUAUUCUAAAUGUAUUUCAGAUGCAUUAUCUGAACAGCAGGCGGCGCUUAAACAAAGCCACUCACCUGUAUAGAAUAUUUUAUUCCUGACUGAGCCAGAAAAGCACAAUUUCAACAAACCCAACUGCACUCUUAAAGGAGCCAUUUGCUGCUCUAAUGUUGAGUUUAAAGAGCAAGUCACCCCUUACAAGAAGCGUACUUCACUCCCACUUCAUGUUUGAAAAAUGCAACAAAUGCGGUUGCCUAGCAGACCGAGAGGGUGGAGCCACUAACAAAUACACACACUCACGACAUUGUGACAUCAUAAUGUACCAGUUUACAUCAUAGCAUACCUCUUAGCCAAUAGCGGUGGCAGAUUUAAAUUCAAAUGCAGUGAAGAGUUUUUACCUGACAACGGCACAACACUGACAGUUUCAGGCAGAAAAUUUAAAUUUUAACUAAAAUGCACUAAAGUGCAAAACUAUUGACUACACGUGUCUGCAGCACGAUUAGACACGCAUUUAUAUAGUUUAUCAGAAAAAAAUAGCUGAUUUGGGGGUGACUUGCUCUUUAAUGGAAAACAAUUUAUAAAAAGUGAAUAAUUGUGAUCUCAGCCACCAGAGGGCGCAGUUCAGCCCUUUCCUCCCCGUGGAGUGAGGCAGACCUUCGGAAUAAAUCGUUGUAAAUUGUCGUUGAGGGAGUUUCUGUACUCCUGCUGCAUCAGAACCAUUUUACAGAAUGUACCAUUCCUCUCCCUGAAUGUUACCAUGGUGCUACACUGCUGCACUGGUGUAGUAGCGCCCCCUCUUGUCCGUGCAGGCAGCGCUCACCUCAGCAGUGGAGAGCUUUUCUCCAUCCCAAGGUGAUGGCUGUCCUCUCUUUGUGAUAAGAUGGUUUUAAUGGUUGUUUUUGUGUUGGGAUGCGCUCCCUGGCCGGCCUGCAGGCUUUACAGCUCCGUGAUGUCUUUUUACUGUUCCUGCUACUUUACUGUCCAGUCAAUGAAAACAAAAAAAUAAUAAAAUGUCUCAAAAGAAACUGUAGCCUGCUUCUACAAAACCCUACAGCUCCUCUGAUUUGCAUAUAUCGUACUGUAAUGUUUUAUUUAAGGUUUUUAGUGGAAAAAAAAAUGUCACAUUUAAACAAUUAUGGGAAUUAAAAUUACAAAGAAUACCCAAAA